GAAACCUCCAACGUAUAACAUCCCAGAACCCUGCCAUUAUCUCUUCCUCCGGAGUCCGGGCACCCUGUACGUACCACUUCCUUUCCUUCUCAGUCUCCAAUCACUAGGAACCCUAAACUUUUUUUUUUAAUCUAUCUCGAAAUUGGUACUUCUCAGCUGCAAUUAAUGGAGAAAAUCUCGAAUUUUUUGGUUCUAUAAACCCCUAAUUUUCGAAUUCAAUGGAUAAAUCUCGAUUACCUAUCCUCAUAUCCCCAAUUCCCGCCAUGGACGUCGCUCUCUCUCCUCCACCUUCCUCCGGAGACGGAGACCAGGAUUUUCCAGACGCAUGGUACGGGAACAUUCAGUACCUGCUCAACAUAUCGGCGAUAGGCUUAUUCUUCUGCGUGUUCAUCUUUUUCUUUGUGAAGCUGCGAAGCGACCAUCGCCGAAUCCCAGGACCAGCCGCCCUUGCCUCCAAGCUACUUGCCGUCUGGCAUGCCACAGGCCGCGAGAUCGCCCGCCACUGCGGCGCUGAUGCUGCGCAGUUCCUCAUAAUCGAAGGGGGCUGCUUUGCUGUCCUCGGCUCCAUCGCAAUCCUGGCUUUGCUUUUCAUGCUUCCUUUGAAUCUCUAUGCUGGGAGCGUAUUAAUGUCCGAUCAGUUCUCUAAAACCACUAUAACCCACAUCGAGAAAGGUUCGCCUCUACUUUGGAUACAUUUCUUGUUUGUUGUGGUUGUUGUUAUUUUAGUGCAUUUUGGUAUGUCUGCUAUUGAAGAGAGGUUAAGGAUAACUAGGUUCAGAGAUGGGGAUGGGAAUUUGAGUGACCCAAAUGCGAAUUCUACAGCUAUUUUUACGAUAAUGGUGCAGGGUAUUCCAAUGAGCUUAGGAGCUGAUAGGACUGUUUUGCAAGAGUAUUUUCAGCAUAAGUAUCCUGGGAAAAUCUACAAGGUUAUAUUGCCCAUGAACUUGUGUGCAUUGGAUGAUUUGGCCACAGAAUUGGUGAGGGUUAGAGAUGAGAUUACUUGGUUAGUAGCCCGAAUUGACUCUCGCCUUUUACCUGAUGAAAGUGAAGAGAAUGAACCGAAGGGAUUACGAGGUCUUCUGGUUUACUUGCGGAGGAAGGCGAAACUUUUGUGGGGGAAAAUAAUGUUUAGGCUGGGUUAUACAGAUGAAGAAAAGUUAGGGAGAUUACAAGAACUGAGGGCAGAAUUGGAGACUGAAUUAGCAGCUUACAAGGAGGGCACUGCUCCCGGUGCUGGGGUUGCAUUUGUGAUGUUUAAGGAUGUGUACACGGCUAACAAGGCGGUUCAAGAUUUUCGAAAUGAAAAGAGGAGGCGGAUUGGAAAGUUUUUUUCAUUGGUGGAGCUGCGAUUACGGAGGAACCAUUGGAAAGUUGAGCGUGCUCCUUUGGCAGCAGAUAUAUACUGGAACCAUUUGGGAUCAGCAAAACUAUCCUUGAGACUCCGGAGAGUGUUUGUCAACACUUGUUUAUUGUUGCUGCUUCUGUUUUUUAGUUCUCCCCUUUCAGUGAUCAGUGCUUUGACGAGUGCUGGGCGGAUUGUUAAUGCUGAAGCUAUGGAUAAUGCACAGUCGUGGUUAGCCUGGGUGCAAAGCUCUAGCUGGCUUGCCUCCUUAGUCUUUCAGUUCUUGCCCAAUGUUAUAAUAUUUGUGAGUAUGUACAUAAUAGUACCAUCAGCUCUCUCUUACCUCUCAAAGUUUGAACGGCAUCUCACUGUGUCUGGGGAGCAAAGAGCCGCACUUCUUAAGAUGGUUUGCUUCUUUCUUGUCAAUCUCAUUCUUUUGAGGGCUCUGGUUGAGUCUUCCUUAGAAAAUGCAAUUCUAAGCAUGGGCAGGUGCUAUUUGGAUGGUGAAGAUUGCAAGAGGAUUGAGCAAUACAUGAGUGCAUCUUUUCUGUCUAGGUCAUGUCUUUCGUCUCUUGCUUUUUUAAUCACAUGCUCUUUUUUGGGGAUAUCUUUUGAUCUGUUGGCUCCGAUCCCUUGGAUAAAAAGGAAGAUUCAGAAGUUUCGAAAGAAUGACAUGCUCCAACUGGUACCAGAACAAAGUGAAGAAUACCCAUUAGAAAAUCAGAAUGGAGAUGAUCUUCGGAGACCCCUGAUGCAUGCUGUUUUGUUUGACUCUCCUAGAUUUAAUGGAAUUGAGCCACAGGGACAAGAUCUUUCUGUUUAUCCAAUCAGCAGAACCUCACCUAUUCCCAAGCAGACAUUUGAUUUUGCGCAAUAUUAUUCGUUCAAUUUGACUAUAUUCGCCUUAACCUUGAUAUAUUCUUCAUUUGCUCCACUCGUGGUCCCGGUUGGUGCAGUUUAUUUUGGGUAUAGGUAUAUGGUUGAUAAGUACAACUUUCUGUUUGUGUAUAGAGUCCGGGGGUUUCCUGCUGGCAAUGACGGAAGGCUGAUGGACACGGUGUUGUGUAUCAUGCGUUUCUGUGUGGAUUUAUUUCUCCUUUCGAUGCUCUUGUUCUUUUCAGUCCGGGGGGACUCGACGAAGCUGCAGGCCAUUUUCACACUUGGAUUGCUAGUAAUGUACAAACUAUUGCCUUCUGAUAAUGAUAGUUUCCCACCUGGUCUUUUGGAAGGCAUACAAACUGUUGACAACGUUGUAGAUGGGCCAAUUGAUUACGAGGUUUUCUCGCUACCCAAAUUUGACUGGGAUACUUAUCAUUCAUAGUUCAAGUAGUCAGUCAGGCAGUCACACAAUUAUCUGUAAGUUGAUUUGUGAACUUGUGAGAUCAUCUCUGAUGUUCCUUUGUAGUUAUAAUGUGUAUAAAAUUCUCAUCACUUGUUAACUAGUACAAUGAUUUUUCCUUACUGUGCUGUCUUUCAAAUUUGUA